ACUGAAGAUCAUUUAUGUAUUCAUAAGUCCACGUAAGUGUGUUCGGUGUAGGCUUUACAUACUACAAUCAUAGAUCAACAACACAAUAGUUGUGCAAAAUUCAUGAAAUUGUGGAAAUGGACUACCUCAUAAAUAUAAAAAUUUUGGUGUGCUUCAUGAUACUCCCGCCACUUCAUGGAAGCAUUCACCAAGAUUUCCUGGACCCGACCGCCACAUGCAAGAUUGAGAACGCAGACUGUGAGACAAGUUGUCGCUGCAAAGACGGAUUUACAAAUGUUAACCUGAAAUGUUUAGCUAAAGUAAGAGGAGUGUGUUCCAACGACACAGACUGUAUCCCUAACGCAGAAUGUUCCAGCAGCUGCAUAUGCAAGACUGGUUUCACCUCCAAUUCGAACAACACUGAAUGUAGGGUAAAAGUGGGCGUCGAAUGCAACAUCACCGCAGGUCAGCGGUGUAUCAAGAACGCCAUUUGUGGCGUCACAAACGGCACGGGCGACAGAUGCACGUGCGGAGAAGGCUACACCAUGUAUAGAGACAAUAAACUGUGCUCGGGAAAUGUUGGCGCCACGUGCACAGAAGCAGACGACUGUAUUGAGCAUGCGGACUGCAAAGAAAAGGCGUGCACGUGCGGAACUCUGUACGUGUCCGCGGCGGACAACCUCACGUGCAUUGGCUAUGUUGACGCCCAUUGUAACGCGAGUUCAACGACUUGUGUGACGGACGCAGAAUGCAUCAGUGGUCGCUGCUCGUGUAAGGACGGUUACUAUGGAGACAAGACGUGCGCAAAGAAAGUGGCAGGCUUGGCGAUUCUUAUCUGGGCCAUAGUGGUGAUCGUUGUCGGCGGCUUUUUCGUCGCGCUCGUUGUGCUCGUGGUGGUAAUCAAGUGCUGCUGCGCCCGACGCCGCCCAGAAAAACUUACUGAGAGUGCAGAACCAACGAAAUAAAUGAGCCUCGCUCUGGGAAACCGGGUUUAAUACAAGUGCGUAAAGUGUUGUCGCAGGUUAACCUGUACAGGCGUAUCAGGGGCGACCCUGGUCUUCGCUUUUAUUGAAUAUUUCGUUUAAAGGAAGCAUCUUCUUGGCGAGAAUUUAUUUAAGCGGAAAACGUCGGCCCUGAUUAGCCGGUGCGGACUGUACAGGCUUAUCUGGUACGACACUUAACGCACAUUAAGCCCGUUUUCCCAGAGAGCGGCUGAAAUUAAUUUAACAAAGAAACUACUGUGUGUAUACUACUGUGUGUAUACGCGUAUAUCAUUAUAAUAGGACUUACGCAACAAUGACAUCCACGUUGACACCUGCGCUGUUAAUUUGAGUAUAUAGUGGAACAAGUGAACAAAUAAAUUCAACGUUGACGCUAUGCAAUUAGCUUGCGUGUAUAAAGGUCUAACGAAGGGCAUUUUAAUUAUUUCUAGGCGAAAGGGUAUUAGUCGUGUCCUAAACUUAUAGUUCCUAAUUUUGACUUCGUACGCCUACACUCAAACAUGAUGCUCAUGAAUAGUCUACAUUAUGUAUACAUGCAUGCAUAUACACGGUGACAUGUUGUGUCGUGUUCUGACAUUUAAGCUGUUUUAUCAGUUGCAUUGUCAGUGAUGAAAAACGAUAUAAGCACUGCUGGAAAGGUGUGAAGAUUACAUUCGGGUUGAAAUCUUGUUUAACUAGCUUUUAUUGUAUACUUGAUUUGCAUACUUCAAAACAAAAUAUUCAUAAACAUUGUUUUAUUGUCUUUGUUACACUCGGUUUGAGUAUCUGGUUAAAAAAAAAACUUAAGAUGAAAAUAUGAGUAUCCGAUAAUGCCCUAAGCAAAGUUGUUUGUAUCCACUCAACUUACAGAUCCAAUUUUUUAGUGACGACACUGAGCUUUUUUGGUAUUUAAUGAUGAAUUUUCCAUCAUUUUUAGCUUAUUUCUAUUAUAUUUGCAAACUAAACUUUUAUAUGUAAAUAAAAAAUAUUUAACAAGCAUACUUGGAGUGGAAUAUUUCUGCCCU